CUUUAUAUCUGCUCUCAUGAUAAAUCCCUCCUAUGUGCCACUGUCUGGUAGACUUGAAAGGCUGGGAAAUCACGCAAACAACACUUUCAUUUUUCUUGCCGAGGUUGACUCGUCUGACGGCAGCUUUCUCAUUCUUGAAGAGCAUCAGUCAGAAACGCUCAACAGGCAGAGCUUUGCGUCUCCACAGCGGCUUCCCCUGGCUCUCUCCCUCUGUGGCUGACGCUGAAGCUGAUCGGCAUCUUUCCCCCCUACUUUUUCAGUUUUACCUUUGCAGCAGGUAGCCUCUUUAUUCUCCAACCGAGCCUCGGCAGCAUGUUGGACCCGUCUUCCAGCGAAGAGGAAGGGGAUGAGAUAGUGGAGGUGGAGCGCAAAGAGGUGGCGGCCCCGAAGAGCCUCGGAGGAGCCCGGCUGUCACCGGGCCGAGCCUCCGAAGGCGACGCCGGGAUCCAGCCUCGGGGCCGAGGGAGCGGCGGGGGCCGACCCUCCAGCCCCACACCAUCGGUGGGCAACGACAAAGAGAAAGAGGACCUGGAGAAGAUGCAGAGAGAGGAGGAGGAGAGGAAAAAGAGACUCCAGCUGUAUGUGUUUGUGAUGCGCUGCAUUGCUUAUCCCUUCAACGCAAAGCAACCUACUGAUAUGGCCAGGAGGCAGCAGAAGAUCAGUAAGCAGCACCUGCAGACGGUCAAGGAGCGUUUCCAGGCGUUCCUCAGUGGAGACACGCAGAUCGUGGCUGAUGAAGCCUUCAUCAAUGCUGUCCAGAGCUACUAUGAGAUCUUCCUGAAAAGUGACCGCGUGUCCCGGAUGGUGCAGAGUGGCGGCUGCUCGGCCAGCGACUCCCGGGAGGUUUUUAAGAAGCACAUAGAGAAGCGGGUGCGCAGCCUGCCAGAGAUCGACGGCCUCAGCAAAGAGACUGUGCUGAGCUCCUGGAUUGCCAAGUUCGACACCAUCUACCGCGGUGAGGAGGACCCCAGGAAGCACCAGCAGAGACUGACUGCCAGCGCCGCCUCCGAACUCAUCCUCAGCAAGGACCAGCUGUACGAGAUGUUCCAGCAGAUCCUGGGCAUCAAGAAGUUUGAGCACCAGCUCCUCUAUAACGCCUGCCAG